AUGAGUCAGCGAGACCUGAAGAAGGAGGUCGUGAUCGAGCUCGUGUUCGCGGGGAUAUCGAUCGGAGUCGGCAUAUGGGGAAUCUGGAUGAUGAAGAACAUCCUGGACCCCGACCGCGACAAGAAGCGUCGCGUCCAAGGCAUCAACAAGGCGAUGAAAGAGACCUUCCCUGACCGCGAGGUGGCGCGCGUCGGACUCACGCCGCACGAGGCCGACCUCGUCGCGCGCGGGGCCAUCAUGACCCGCGCGGACUCGACCUUCGGGGCGAUCGGCGGCCUCGCCGCCAUCAAGGAAUCCCUCGAGCGCGACGUCGUGGAGCCGCUGCAGAGGCCCGACGUGUUCUGCUCGCCCAACAUGAUGGCGCCCAAGGGACUGCUUCUGUACGGGCCGCCCGGCACGGGCAAGACGAUGCUUGCGCAGGCCGUGGCGAGCUCGGUGAACCUGUGCUUCAUCAAAGUGCAGGCAUCGGUGCUGCUGGACAAGUGGGUCGGUGAGACGAACAAGCUUGUCUCGGCGUACUUCACGCUGGCGCAGAAGCUCGCGCCGUGCGUCAUCUUCGUCGACGAGGUGGAUUCGCUGAUGGGCGCCCGGCGCGACGGCGACCACGAGCUGGUGGCGGCCUACAAGACGGAAUUCAUGCAGCUGUGGGACGGGCUGAAGGCGGGCGUGAUCGUGAUGGGCGCCACGAACCGCCCCGACAGCCUGGACGACGCCGUGAAGCGCCGCUUCAACCUGCGCUACGAGGUUCCCCUGCCCGACAGCGCGGGGCGUGCCCACAUUGUGCGGCUGCACCUCUUCCAGGACCACCGCCACCGCCUGGAGAUGCUCCUGGGCAGGUGCGACAGGAUCGGGGACGCGAGGGCGCGGGAGAGGAUCGCGAACGAGCUCGCGACCUACCUGGAGGCGUGCAGGGCGUCCUGGAGGGACCCCGUGAGGGGAGUCGACGCCAUGCCCGCGCAGCUCAACCGCGUCGGUGCGGUGUCGCUGGACACCUGGCAAGCGAUCCCUGACAUCGUCGCCUCCAUGGACGGGUGGUCGGGCAGCGACUUGGCCGACGUCGUACGCAAGGCCUUCAAGAUCGCAUACCAGGCGAACCCGACCGGACAGAGCGACCUCGACGGCGUUCUGCAGCGCAGAUGGUCGUGCGUGCGGCCGGAGCACGUCAGAACGGCGAUCCAGAACUCGAGGCCGUCCCACACAGACAUGGGCAUCUUCCUGCGCAACGCCAACCGCAGCGUGCCCGCGGAGCUGCUGGCCUCGAGCGACGCGGCGCAGAUGCGCGCCAUCCAGAUGCUUCUGCAUGCUCUCGGCGCCUCGGACGGCCCCGUGGGCCCGGCGCCGCAAUCGUAG